AUGGUCAGGGCCUUCCUGGACGAUGCAGGGGUCAUCAGUGCCCCUGACUGUGAUCGAGUGCGGGUGGAGAGGAGGAACGGGCGCCUGGUGGAAGCCCAGGUGGAGCGGGCACAGGAGGAGGGCAAGGGGGCAGAGAGGAGAAGGAUGUCUCAAAGAACACUGGACCCCGCCAGCCUCAGCCACCGGAUUGUGGACGGGACGGAGGACAACACAGGAACACGGGCCUUCUCCUUCUCCUCAGCCCCCAGCUCUACAGCACCCUCCUCAGGCCCUCAGGUGAGCACGGCUGAGCUAGCAGCUAAAGCGGAGGAGACCAGAGGACAGCUCCGGAGCCUGGGACAGCAGGUGAGCUCUCUGGGUAAGGAGGUGUCCGACCUGGGCCAGCUGAUGAGCCGCAUGGCCCAGCUAAUGGACUCCUUCAUGAGCAGCAGCCACACCCCCUCGCUCUGCCCCGCCCACUGCUGCUCUCUGGACCGCCACAGCCGUCCUGCCUGCCAUUCGCCUGCUUCCUCUGUCUUGCAUCACCACCACACCCUGCCGCACCCAACCUCACUGCUACAGAUCCGCCCUCUUACUGAUCCUGCCCCCCUCCCCCACAGCCUCAUGCCUUUCUCUGAGGCUUCACUCUGGGGCUCGAACCGAAGCGCAACCUUGUAG